ACAUAAUUAAAGAAGCAAGCAAUUUAGAUCAUGUCAAUGAUUACAGAACCUUCCCUAUCAAGUCCAGUUCCACAGAUUGCUAUGCCUGAAAUUGUUCGCCCCAUAGCCAAUUUUCAACCAAGCAUUUGGGGAGAUCAGUUCCUCAACUAUGAUUCUCAAGACAUUAAGACUGGGGCCUUUUGGCAACAACAGGUCGAGGAGCUGAAAGUAAACGUGAAGAGUAAAGUGUUUACAAAUGAAUGUGAUUUUGCGCUUCGACUCAAGUUGAUCGAUGCAAUCCAACGCCUUGGAGUGGCAUACCAUUUUGAAGAAGAGAUAGCAGAUGCAUUGCGACACAUCCAUGCUACAUAUCGUGAUCAGGAUCACUUCAAUGAUGAUAGCGAUCUUUCCACUGUUGCAUUAUGUUUUCGUUUGCUAAGGCAACAUGGAUAUGAAAUCUCAUCCGAUAUGUUCAACAAGUUCAAAGACGAAAAUGGUAGCUUCAAAGAAGGGUUAGUUGCCGAUGGGUGUGCUAUGCUGAGCCUCUACGAAGCUGCACAUCUUAAGGUCCAUGGAGAAAACAUACUAGAAGAGGCUCUUGUUUUCACCACUGCUCACCUCGAGUCAGCAAAAUCCAGUGCAUGUUAUUCAACACAAAUGACUGAACAAAUAACUCAAGCCUUGGUGAGACCUCUGCGAACAAGUCUAGAGAGGAUAUGCGCCAAGCGUCACAUGUCAGUCUAUCAACUCGAAGAUGACGCCGCACUCAUCAAACACAACGAAACAUUACUGAAACUUGCAAAGAUGGAUUUCAAUCUUGUUCAGUUCUUACACAAGAAGGAGUUGUGUGAGAUUACUAGGUGGUGGAAAGAACUAGACUUUGAAAGGAAAUUACCUUUUGCAAGAGACAGGAAGGUGGAGUUGUUCUUUUGGAUAGUGGGAGUAUAUUUUGAACCACAGUACUCUAUUGGCAGGAUCUUUAUGACCAAAGUGGCUAUCCUGCUAACUGUUAUGGAUGAUAUCUAUGAUGCAUAUGGUACAUUUGAAGAACUCGUCGUCUUCACUGAAGCAAUUGACAGGUGGGAUGUCAAAUACAUAGAUGAACUGCCGGACUAUUUGAAAAUAUUCUAUUACGAACUUUUGAAUGUUUUUCAUGAAAUGGACACAGUGUUGGCGAAAGAAGGAAGAUCUUACCGAGUUUGCUACGCAAUACAAGCUAUGAAAGAUCAAGCCCGAUCGUAUUUCAACGAAGCUCGGUGGUUGCACGAAGGACGCACUCCAAGCAUGGAAGAAUAUAUGAGUGUUGCAACGGUUUCUAUUAGUUACACUUUUCUAACAACCAUUUCAUUACUUGGCAUGGGGGAUAUUGUUACAAAGGAUUCAUUUGAGUGGUUGUCGAAUGGCCCGAAAAUUGUUCGAGCUUCUAAUAUCAUUUUUAGGCUCAUGGAUGACAUUGUUUCCACCAAGUUUGAGAAAGAGAGAGGAGGGCAUGCACCUUCUAGCAUUGAUUGCUAUACGAAGCAAUAUGGUGUUUCAGAACAAGAGGCGAUUGAUGUGUUCAACAAACAAAUUGUGGAAUCAUGGAAGGAUAUAAACGAGGAAUUUCUUAAACCCACUGCUGUGCCGAUGCCGGUUCUUAUGCGCGUUCUCAACUUAACAAGAGUAGCAGAUCUCCUCUACAAAGGAGAAGAUGGGUUCACACGGGUUGGGAAGAUGACUAAAGAUAGUGUUGCUGCAGUUAUUAUCGAUUCAGUGCCACUGUGA